CAGUAUACGAGCUUAGCACAGUAUCAUCCGUCCCCUGCCUUCCCCACUUCCUCUUCCCCAACCCGACCCGGCCGGAGCGGGCGGCUCUAGACCCGGCCGCCGUCCCCUCCCUUAGAGCUUCCGCCGUCCUCUUACGCGCGACGCCGCCGCCCUUCCAUCCUCAUCGCCGUCCCGGCGUCUCCGACCGACGGCACACCGCCAUCUAGAUCCGCGGCGGCGGGAAUGGAGUCCCUGUGGAAGCUGACCUACCUGCUGGAACCAGCCUCCCUAGCCCUCGUCGCGACGGCGGUCUCCGUCGCCUACGCGUCGGCGUCGCGGGCGCUGGACCACGGCAAGGAGAUGGAGCGGAACCUGGGCUUCUCCGAGUCCUCCAUCACGCUGGACCGCUCCCAGGCGCUCAUGAUCCCGCUGGCCAGCUCCUGCAGCCUGCUCCUCAUGUUCUACCUCUUCGCCUCCGUCUCCCACCUCGUCGCCGCCUUCGCCGCCGCCGCCGCCGCCACCGCCCUCUUCUUCUGCCUCUCCCCUUGCCUCCCCCGCGCCCGCUCGCUCCUCCGCCUCCCGGACCCCUUCCUGCCCUCCUCCUCCUCCAGGCUCUUCUGCUGCUCCUCAUCCAAGCCCUUCACCCGGCUCCAAGGGCUGCUGCUGCUCUUCUGCGUCGGCACCGUCGCGGCGUGGCUCGUCACCGGCCACUGGGUCCUCAACAACGCGCUCGGCAUCGCCAUCUGCGUCGCCUUCGUCAGCCAUGUCAGGCUGCCCAACAUCAAGAUCUGCGCCUUGCUCCUCGCCUGCCUCUUCGUGUAUGACGUCUUCUGGGUCUUCUUCUCCGAGAGGUUCUUCGGGGCCAACGUCAUGGUCUCCGUCGCCACGCAGAAGGCGUCUAACCCGGUGCACACCGUCGCCGACAAGCUCAGCCUGCCCGGGCUGCAGAUGAUCACCAAGAAGAUUGAGCUCCCGGUGAAACUUGUCUUCCCUAGGGAUUUGUUGGGUGGGAUUGUGCCUGGAAGCACUCCUGGGGACUACAUGAUGCUUGGCCUUGGAGACAUGGCCAUUCCAGGGAUGCUCCUAGCUCUUGUUCUUUCUUUCGAUCACCGGAAGAGCAAAGAAGCAGUUGCUCCAUCAGACUCGUCUCCCUCCCCAAAGCGGCGGAAAUACGUAUGGUAUGCGCUAACAGGUUAUGGCGUUGGCUUGGUAACUGCAUUGGCAGCUGGAAUCUUGUCUCAGUCUGCCCAACCUGCGCUACUCUACCUGGUGCCGUCGACGCUGGGGCCCGUCAUGUACCUGUCAUGGUUGAGGAACGAUCUGUGGGAGCUGUGGGAAGGAUCAGGCGAGAUACUGAACGAAAAAGCUCAUCUGUUGGAGGUCUGAGAUCCAGCAUGGCCAUAAAAAUGUCUCAAGCCUUCUGUGAUGUAAUCUAACUAAAAGAAUCUGUUGCCGGUCGUUAAUACUACAGGAGGAUUAUUUAUAAAUAUAGAUUGGUCUAAUAUUGUAAGCAUUGACCAUGUUGUUCUCGCAAGAGGAAACAAUAUGUAGUUAUGAUAUUCAGUAGACUUUCUCAAAUAUCAAUCCCCUGUGCUUGAAUGGUGAAGCUGUUUGCAAUGCCAAAUGGCGCAAUGAAAGAGUUGCUCGCUUUAUUGCUUGUUA